AUGGCUGCCCCGAAUGUUCCGGCCCUGGCAAACGUCCCCUCGGAUGAUCAGGAAGCGUACGAAGAGAAGAAUGUUCAUGAAGUGUACCAACAAAUUGCCAGUCAUUUUUCCUCCACUCGUUACAAGCCUUGGCCCAUUGUGGAACAGUUUCUCAGAGGUUUAGAGCCCGGUUCCGUUGGUUUGGAUGUGGGAUGCGGCAAUGGGAAGUAUUUGGCCGUGAACCGUGAGGUCUUUAUUGUUGCUUCCGAUAGAUCCGCGAAUUUGGCUCAAAUUGCGCAAAAGCAUCAGCCACACUCAACCAUCAUAGCCGAUAUUCUCCACCUCCCACAUCCGGAUUCUUUCUUCGACUUCGCCAUUUCAAUUGCCGUUAUCCACCACCUUUCCACUCCUGAUCGAAGGGUCCAAGCUAUUCGUGAAAUCCUGCGCACGCUAAAACCUGCCACCAAAAAAUCUCCGGGUGGGAGAGCGCUGAUCUAUGCUUGGGCCCUGGAACAGAAAAACAGCCGUCGAGGUUGGGACAAAGGUGAUCCGCAAGAUAUAAUGGUCCCCUGGGUCAUGAAGGGAACCUCUUCCGCGGACGCUCCUUCCGACGAGCCAAAGGUAUUCCAUCGGUAUUACCACCUUUAUGAGGAGUCGGAGCUCGAGCAGGAUAUCAACAAGGCGGGAGGUCAUGUCCUGGAGUCGGGAUAUGAAAAAGACAACUGGUGGGCGAUCGCAGCACGGACAAACUCGGAAUCAUCAUGA